AUGUCUGAACAACAGGACACUGUCUCUGCUGAAUUAAAAUCCUGGCUUUUUUCAGCAAUAGCGGAAUCCAUGCCCAAAGCUAUUGCGGCUUACCACAAACAGGCUAAACCUGCUCCAAAGCCAACUACUGCAUUAAAUAUUUCCGACUCAGAAGAGUCUCACGAUUCUGACCAUGACGGGGCUCCGCGCAAGCGUCCCUGGAAGGGCAACAGUGUCUCCGCCGGUAAAGGCAAGGCACCUGCAAAAAAUGCUAGACUGUCACUUCCCUCCUCAAGCCUUCCAUUAUUGGAUCCCUUAGAGGGUUCCACAGCACACGACCUACAGGUCGUAGACGAGUACUGUGCAGGGUACUCGGACGAAGAAGACGAGAGUAAUACUAGGUAUGUCAAGGAAUCCUACACCAAACCAUUCGUGGUUAGCCCCAUGCCCACUAAUCCAUCACAAAAUAAGGAUCCUUUAACUGACAUCCUUGGAUGGUAA